AUGCAGAUUGAUGAUAGUACUAAAUUAGAAGAAUUAACGGUACAUUGUUAUGACACUAGGUUGAAAGAAAAAUGGGAUGCUCAUUCGAUGAAAGACGUUGUUCUUAUAGAUUUGCAAGAAAAUAAUCUCCAUUCUUUAAAUGCAUAUAUCAAG